AUGGCAGACAAAGGCAAAAAGGGCAAAGGAGCAGCGCCAGCCCCCGCCCCUGCCCCCGCCGCGGCGCCCCCAGCAGCCAAACCCGACGCCCAGAAAGAUAAAGAGGGAGAGGCUCCUCCGCCAAAGGUAAAAUCGGUACAGCCCAAGGAUGAAGUGGGCACCCGGAAGGGGUGUCGCCGCUACAAGUGGGAAUUCAAGGACAGCAACAGAGAGUUCUGGGUUAUGGGGCACGCCGAGGUCAAGAUCCUGAGCUUGGGUUGCCUAAUAGCUGCAAUGGUUAUGCUCACCGGGACCGCUGUGCACCCCCUCCUGACACUCGUCAUCACCAUGGAACUGUCCAUCUUCAGCUUUUUCAUCAUUAUCUACACCUUCGCCAUCCAGAGAUACAUGCCCUUUAUCCUGUGGCCUGUUACUGACAUUCUCAAUGACCUGUUCGCCACUGUUUUCCUGGUGGGGGCUGCGGUGUUUGCUGUGAAAGUUCGACAAACCAUGCCAAUGAACUACCUUAUUGCUGUGAUCCUUAUUGGUGUGGCUGCAUUUUUUCCUUUAAUCGACGUAUGUCUUCAAAGAAAACACUUCAGAGGCAAGAAGAUCCAAAAGAAUGUGCUGAUUCCUCCUACCAAAAAGGACAAAGAAACACCAGAGGGGGCCGCAAAGCCAAAGGAAGGAGAAAAGGCAGCUCCAGCAGAAAAGCCAAAGGCUGAUGCAAAGGCCGACGCAAAGGCCAAGGAUAAGGGGAAGAAAGCAUCUCUGUCCAGUGAAGACCUGAGCAUAAGCCCUGAACUAGCCUCGGUGGCACCCCAGGGCCACGGUUCCCACAAGCAGGCCUCGAUCAGGGCCUCACUCUCACUGGACAGUCCAGCCACCCUGGCAGGACAAGAGUCAUCCUCAUGA